AUGACUGAACUAUUUGCCUACAUGGGAUGGAGUCUACGGUACAAUAGGAAUGCAAAAAGAGUUGGGUCCACUUCCUUGCCAGGGGAAAAAAUCUUCAAUGAUGCUGUGGAACGGCUGCAAGAGUUCCAUUCAGUGCAAGAUCAUUCAAUACAAGAUGAAGUGGCUGUUCACUCAACCCAAUGGCGGCCUCCACCAUAUCCAGCCUACAAAAUAAACUUUGAUGGAGCUACUUUCAUUGAAUCGGACAGGGCAGGUUUGGGUGUGGUAGCUCGUGACUCAGAAGGCAUGGUUAUCGCCUCCCUGUCGGAACGAAUCAGUCUUCCACCAACGGUUGCUGACUUAGAAGCUCUGGCGUGUAGAAGAGCGAUCUUAUUCGCCAUCGAACUAGGUCUCCAAGAUGUGGAGUUUGAAGGCGAUUCGGAGGUUAUCAUCAAACAUCUCAAUGCAGAACAGCCCUGUUUGACAGCUUAUGGGCACAUAAUAGAUGAAGCACGAAGCCUUUCAAACAGGUUGAGACAAGCAUCAUACUCUCAUAUUCGGCGGAAGGGAAACAAAGUAGCAGACCAACUUGCAAAACUAGCAAAAAGUUUGUAUGAACCACGUGUGUGGAUGGAGGACAUUGAUAAUAAUGCUCUGCAAUAUGUAAUCCAGGACAGAGGCGUAAUGCCUGUUUAA